AUGGAUUCCCAGGAAGACAGUAUCGACAUUGCAAAAUUGAAACGUUUCGCGUUAGGCCUCGCUGAAAGUGAUUCCUCCGAGCCGCCUGUGAACGAGCGCUAUCCCUAUUCCUCUACCCAUAUUUCAGACAGUGACAACACUCAGGGUCGUCCCCAAUCCGUUAGGCAAGACCCUGGGGAUGACGGACAUCCUGCCGGCCAGGAAAUUGCUUCUCGUCGAGUCUCGGAGUCUGCCGUUCAUGGGGCUAACCCUGUGCCGCAAAACCCCCCGCAUAAUGUGAAUGUGACCAGUCCGAGGAAGACGUCCUCCCAGACAGAGCCUCUAUACAGCCAUCCCAAGCCGGCGUUUGGCAAGAUGAGUUCCGGAGACAGCGGCCCCGGCGACACACAGCCGGUCUCCCAGUCUGUUUUCGACAGCAUUAUCAAGCGAGACAUGUUUCAACCGUUUCAGGAGGAAAAUAAAGCCGAUGUCGACAUGGGAUAUGAUGAAGGGACAGUACGGAUGACUCUGCGUGAAGGAGACUCCGGCCAUAUCGAUUUGUUGUCUGGGUUUGGAGAAACCGAGGCCGGCAAUGAGAACUCCGACCAGGAUGAUGAUGGCUCUACCUCUAAAGUGGGAGAAUCCUCUCCUCUACCGCAUCAGGCCAACUUCUUCCCCGAGUCCCAGCGAUUCGUGACGACGCCCGCAGCGGCUGAGAAACAGAACGAUACUCCGAAGUUGGCAACAACAACAACUCCGUCCCUUCCUCGAAACCCCCUCGCAUCCGAUGGAGGAUCCAGUGGCGGUCUUAUGGCGCUUAGCCAGGUUUUCAAGGCGACCCAGGCUCCUUCCUCGCCGUUUGUCAACGGGCUGCCUUCCGAACCAUUGUCGGAUCGCCCCUCGCCGAAUAUUCCUAUUCAGAGUCGGCCGCUAGGAACGUCGAUGUCUUCACCGUCCCGGGCUCCCAGUUCCGGUCUACGUCGUGGCUAUACCGAACCGCUUGCAAACUAUGUUUCAACGAAAGAAUCACAGAUGAAGCGCGAGAAGAUCAUUGAAGAAAGACGAACCCGCUCUGCGGACAAUCUCAGUUCUGAAGACCAGAGUGAUAGCGAGUUCGAGAGAGAGCCAAGUUUCGUCCAGCGUCUCAAUCGGCAGAGGAGGAUCGAUGAAGAAACUAAUGCUCAGUUUGCCAACCUUACAGCCCCUGCUAGGUCCAGUUCGCAACGACCAGAAAAGCAACCGUCCCCUUCGAGGACGUCGCCAAGUAGAGAUCGAAGAGGGAGGGUUCACGGCAGUGAAUCUGUGAUUGCAACAACAGUUGAUGAGACACAAGGAUCGAAUGUUCAUUUUCAAGGUGGUGGAACUAGCGAAGAAGAGACGGAACAAGAAGAAGAUUUUGUCCCACCUACGAGCCAGUCUCGACCACCGCUGUCUUCGACUGAAGAAGACAAAGAAAAUUACGAUGUGCCUCCGAUUCGCAUUCCGGAAUCAACAGCUCGUGCACACGACCGACUCUCACAAGCUUUGGAUCUUCAGGAAAGCCAUUCGGUUCUUCACACGCCUCCGGCGGAUAAAGUUGCAACGUCGCCUAAGCAUGCAGACAACUACGAUCAUACUUCAGGGUUUGAUCAGCUUCCUACAUCAUCCCAGGUGAUCAACGUACGAGAUUCUCAAACUUCUCCGAGCCAAAUGGAGAAGCGGGUCCUCCACGCUGGCAAUGGGCCAUGGAGCCAGAGAAGUACAAUCAUGGAAUCGCGCCAAUCACAGCAGGGGUCCCAAGCAGGCCUUGACCCUGAUGUAGAAAGAGUGUACUCGUCUCCUCCAGCAGAGGCGCUGAUCACUUCUUCUCCCCCAGAGAAACGUCCGGGCCUCCAACAUGACCCGGAACAAGAAAAUCCUCAGUCAAGCAAUGUGCAUGUGUCUGAGAAGCACUCGUCUAUGCCCUCUCGUGUCGCAGAUACGCCAGUACAUAAAACAUCAGGAGACACAAUCUUUAUCCCAGAAUCGAGUCCAAACAAUCUUCGACAGGAGACUUCGAUGGAUGCCCCUGUUAGUAGCCAGCCAGCAAUGCAGGAGGACGACGAUUUACCCCCUCCUCGUCAUCAACUUAACUGGGAUGACAGCAACCAAUUCAAUUCCGGUGACCAGGAUGGGAAAACAAGGUCUUUGCGGAAUGCCAAAAUUCUCUCGAGUCCAAGCGGAAAACAGCGCAGAGCUCUCACUGAGAUCGCUGCGGAUGCAUCGCCACAAGUUGGCACGGGCAAUUUCGAUAUGGAUUUCAAUAUUCUCUCGGCAGAAGACCGAGAAUUCAGAUCAGUUGUCGGCUUUUCUCCCCUGCCGCCCAAGAAGAAACGACGAGGCAAUGACGGCCAAAAUAUCGCCUCUGAUCCAGCUUGGCCUGUAACGCCGAGACCGGAAUUUCACCGACCAGAUAACCACGUCACCCAGAGCGAGGCUGAGCCAGUCGAUAGUCAGUCAACGGAACCGACGUUUGGGCCUAGUGUUAUGCGACGCCAGCGGUCCAAACCAUCCAGGCGAGCUGAAACUGUCUGGGAAGUCGAGCUAUCACCACAGAAUCCUGCAUCGAAAACAGCCGCUUCGCAACGGCCUCGGGUAUCUCGUUACUCAGAAUCACGAUCCACCGAGGCAAGAAGGCCUUCAAAGCCUUCUGUCGUGCCGCAAGUUGUGGUACAUAACCAACGCGAUCUUAUUCCUGCGAGAAGGGGCGAAAGUCCAGAUCCCAUACAGACAGAUAAAUCCUCCCAAGAUAUCCCAGCGGGAAGUGGCCCUAGGGAAGCUGCUCCAACCGAGGCUCAACCGGUCGAAGCUCAGCAGGUUGGAGACCAUUCAGAGGUUCAUACUCCUGCUCCCCAAGAAGAGAUGCGUGCGCCGAAUCAAGUAUUUGCGUUCUGGAAUGGCCGUAAGCGUGCGUAUUACCCUGCUACAUACCUAAAAACGAUAGGUAGUAGUAGCCAGCAACGCUAUGUGGUCAGAUUUGUGGAUAGUGGCCCUGUUGAGGUCCCUGUUAGUUCAGUGAAAAGGUUAGAAUUGCGUGUUGGAGAUGGAGUCAAGGUGGAAUAUCCCAAUGUUCCAAGAGUCACUCAUAUCGUGCGAGGAUUCUCUGGCAAGCUGAGAAUGGAGGAGCUCUCGAAGGAAGACGGUUACGGAUUCCGGCCUGUGACAGAUGUCUACGGGCAUUCCACUGUUAUACUGGCGGCUAAACAGCGAAAGAGUCUUCCGAGCGGCGGUGUUCCCGAACCUGAGCGGACAAUUGCGGUUCCUAUUUCCUGCAUUUACCUGGAUAUGAUUCUAUGGAAUCAGCUGAAGGAUCGUCAGUUUACCCUCAACAUUCCUAAACUCGACCAGUUAUCAUCGAGGCUUCAGACGCCGAUUAGACACCAUUUGACUCCAGUAUCGCCAGCAUCCCGACUGUCUCGUAGUCUUCUACUUACCCAGACGGGUCUUUUCGCGGGGAUGGUGUUUGCAGUUUCCUUUGUGGAGCAAGAAGAUGCCAAGUCUCGUGUCACGAAGUUGAUCACGGAAAAUGGUGGACGCAUUUUGAGAGAUGGGUUCGAAGAAUUGUUCGAAUUCCCUUCGAGUGUUCCGUCGGCCACACCCUCCAAAUCACCCGCUGCAGCGCACACCACGGAAGAUGCAAAGCAGUUCCGUCUCUCGAGCAGCGCGGAAUCCGUUGGUUUUGCUUGUCUGGUUGCCGACAAGCAUUCCCGUCGCGCGAAAUACAUGCAAGCCUUGGCCCUGAAUAUCCCCUGUCUUUCAGGACGAUGGGUAGAGGACUGUGUCCGCCAAAACCAGAUUCUGGACUGGGAGACAUAUCUUCUUCCGGCCGGAGAAUCGAAGUAUCUCUAUGGAGCCGUCAAAUCGCGAAUCCUGACCCCGAUUCCUGCUCACACAGCGCGCUUGGCCGAAACCAUAGCUGGGCGACCGAAAUUGCUCGACGGCCAAUCGGUGCUAUUAGUGAUGGGCCGCGGAAAGGCCGAGGAGAAAAGAAAGGCUUACAUUUUCCUGACGUACGCGCUCGGUGCCUCUCGAGUCGAGCGUGUCCUUGACCUGAAAGCCGCCCAAGCUGCUCUGCAGGAACGCCGCCAGGAUGGACAGGGAUCUGGAUGGGACUGGAUCUACGUCGACGACCACGAAGAAGCCGCUGCGAAGGCCAUGAUUCUAGGAAAGUCCACCACCGGUGGUGUCGGUGGUGCGGCCGCGAAGCUCAUCUCCCGCGUUGGGCGCAAGCGGAAGAGGGGCUCCAUGCUGGUCGAAUGCAUCGGUGGGAGUGAUGUCAAUCCUCUGGAGAAGAAGAUCCGCAUCGUGGGCAAUGAGUUUGUCUGCCAGAGUCUGAUCUUGGGGAGGCUAUGUGAGGAAUUGACGUGA